GAGGGUGACGUCCUCAAGUCACAGAGCUCGGGAAGACAGCUGGCUAAAAUCCUUGUUUGUCAGAAAGGUCGACCCAAGAAAAGAUGCCCACUCUAACCUCCUAGCCAAGAAGGAGACGAGCAGUCUGUACAAGUUACAAUUUCACAACGUUAAGCCGGAAUGCCUAGACUCAUACAACAAAAUUUGUCAGGAAGUGUUACCAAAGAUCCAUGAAGACAAGCAGUACCCUUGUACCUUGGUGGGGACGUGGAACACAUGGUAUGGCGAACAGGAUCAAGCUGUCCACCUCUGGAGGUAUGAAGGAGGCUACCCAGCCCUCACGGAGGUCAUGAAUAAACUCAGAGAAAACAAGGAAUUUAUAAAUUUCCGUAAGGCCAGAAGUGACAUGCUUCUCUCCAGGAAGAAUCAGUUGCUGUUGGAGUUCAGUUUUUGGAAUGAGCCGGUGCCGAGAUCAGGACCCAAUAUAUAUGAACUCAGGUCUUACAAACUCCGACCAGGAACAAUGAUCGAAUGGGGCAAUUACUGGGCGCGUGCCAUUCGCUUUAGGCAGGACAGUAAUGAGGCGGUUGGGGGAUUCUUCUCUCAAAUUGGGCAGCUAUAUAUGGUGCAUCAUCUUUGGGCUUAUACAGAUCUUCAGAGCAGGGAGGACAUCCGGAACGCAGCAUGGCACAAGCAUGGCUGGGAGGAACUGGUAUACUAUACAGUCCCACUCAUUCAGGAAAUGGAGUCCAGGAUCAUGAUCCCGCUGAAGACCUCGCCCCUGCAGUGACGCUUCCGUGUGCCUACACAGACUGCUGUGACGGAUCUAUGUCAUGAUUUCAUGUCACCAUUCAUCAAGUGAAAAACACCGGGAGGUGUAAACCGCUGUACAUAGCUUGUAGAAUCUCUCUUCUUUAAAAUUCACGUAAUCAUGCAAAGGGAAAUCAGGAGGAUUGAACUGAUUGGAGCAGCGCUCUGAAACAUCUCUGCUUACCAAAUGUUACCUAGCCUCCAGCCCUUCAGGAAAACACAGGAUCAUUUGAAGCUGGGUGUUGGGUGUGGGAGUUUGGCACUCAGGGAACUGAUGCAGGAAAUCAUAGCAAGUCCUAGGCCAACCUGGACUGCACAGAGCAUUUUUAAACCAGCUGGGAGCACUGGCCUUGCAUUGUAUCUCAAAAAUAGAAAUCAAAAUUCGAAUCAUCUCUGAGUAAAAUCCCAGCUAUGAAAACAAUUAGUUAUUUCUAGCAAUUAAAAAAAAUCUAUUUUAUGAUUACAGACGUCUACAAAUUUCUUUCCUUCAGAAAGAAAUACAAAUGAUGUCACGUUUCCUGGGCAGUUUUUCUGAGUUUCAAACUAGGAGCAAAUUAUGAGUGUACCCAUUGGCUGCAAAUGUUACAAUUGUGCAGCUUUUGGCCAGUCAGUCGGCAGGCUGAGAGCGUGUUACCCGAGCUGAAAGGAUGGCCAUGGUAGCCUAAACAAUCGUGCAGUCUCCACCAGGCACCGUACCCAAGGGCUGGCGUGAACCAGUGCACCACAUGCGAUUUUCGAAUAAACACCUCAACUAGCACUAAUUUUAUUUGUAAUAUUUUUCUAUAAAACAAGUAGCUCUUGGAAAAGAGGUUUUAUUUUGUAAGCCACUGUUUGUGACCUCUGACCUCUGGUUCUAUUUUGGUAAGCUCACUGCAGACACUUCGAAGAUCUCGUCAGGAGGACAGUGCACACUGGCCCUCAGUUGGCAUAAAGCUUCAUACUCCGUCUGUCUCUGUUUGGUUUUGUUUUUUAAUAUAGUGUGCCAAUUUUGUGACUGUAAUCAUGUGAAAGUCCCAUUGAGCUGAAGAAUUCUGUCUGCCCUACAAAUUGAUAUGUAUAAAAUAAAGUAUAACUAAAUCUAUCAGAUGUCUAAUUUUUACAUUCGAAUGGUUUUCUCCAAGAACAUAUAAAAGUAAAUAAAGUCCUCUUAAUUUUCA